AUGAAGCAAAACGACGUGAUCGCGGUGAUCAUCAUCAUCCUAUUCAUCGUGCUAGCCCUGAUCGCCUUCGGCAUCUACCACCUGGUCAGCGUAGCGCGAGAGAAUGUGCACGGCACAGUAACAACCUCGUCAAGCGGGAGCAGCGGCGAGUUGGGGGAUUAA